AUGGCUGGUCACCCGACCGACCCCAUUACAGGCUCUCCUCGCUACGCUUCUCGUGGCCCCAGUCCUAUUCUACCAUCCAUUCGGGACCUUCAGUCGCUCCCUGAACGGGGUUUGAAUACAUCGGGCGCUGCUUAUCCAGAACCAAGGGCCCUUUCUCGACCGGACUUCGCAGCGCAGGAAUUCAGGGCGGGCCCGGUUGGCCCCCACGCAUAUCCCCCAACCAACAUUCCAGGCACAGUACCGGGUGAUCGGAGGAGCGUGGAUUCUUUCCCAGUCAUGCCCAAUCAGACCGGCUAUGCCUAUCCCGCAAUGGGUUACCAGAGUGAUUCCGAACAACCGUCUCCGCAAUCCCUCUCUCAUGCUCAACAAUCAAAUUUCGGUAUCCUCGGGGAUUCGAUUGACCCCAAGAACAAGCGGAGACGGGGCAACCUGCCCAAGCCUGUCACAGACAUUCUGCGUGCAUGGUUCCAUGAGCAUCUUGACCAUCCGUAUCCCAGUGAAGAGGACAAACAGAUGUUCAUGACCCGCACCGGACUCACUAUCAGCCAGAUCAGCAAUUGGUUCAUCAAUGCUAGACGGCGCCAACUUCCUGCUCUCCGGAACCAAAUGCGAAACGGCGGAAACGACAUUGACUCUCAAAGACAAUCUCCCUUCAGUGACAUGGACCAGACGUCCCCGGAAUCAAUGCCGUCUCCUCACCAAAUUGUCAAAUCAUAA